GACUGAAAACCCCUGAGAGGUGUGAGAGGUCAGAGGAAUGGGAGGGGCAGAAUAAAUGAGCAAGAGAGAGAGGGAGCAUAAAAGGUCAGCAAAAGGGGGAAAGUCAGAGUUUGGUGCAAACAAACAAGACAUUUCACUGCUUUAUUGGACUCUCCAAGUCCUCUACCUUCUCACGACAUGGCUGACUUUGACAGCAUUCUGAAGUUCUGGGCUGUAGUUGAACAGGACCUUGCUGGCAAUGGAGGCUUGGUUCUGACCCGUCUCUUCAAAAAGCAUCCUCACACCCAGCAGCUGUUCCCCAAAUUUAAGACCAUACCUCAGAGUAAGCUCGACAAUAAUGCAGACAUAAAUGCUCACGGUGCCACUGUACUCGCCAAACUUGGUGAACUGCUGAAGGCCAAAGGCAACCACGCCAACAUCCUCAAACCUCUGUCUGUCAGCCACGCCACCAAGCAUAAGGUCACCAUUGAGAAUUUCAAGCUGAUUGUUGACAUCAUUGUUGACGUUAUGGUGGAGAAGGCGGGCCUUGAUGCCCCCGGGCAGAAAGCACUCAGAGACGUGCUGGGUAUCGUCGUCGAUGACAUGCAGGCCAACUACAGAGAGAUUGGCUUCGAUGGCUAAAACCUCAAAGGCAAAGAUGAUAAUCAAUCAAUAAAUAAAUAACCGCCUUAAGAAAAUUGGAACAAUUCCAUGCUCAUAAUGUGCAAGUAAAUGUGCUCCAAUCAUUACUGUAGAUGUAUGUUAACGACAAAGUAAGCAGUUUUUGUUCAGUUGCGGAUUUACUUUGGCAUAAAUAAAGUUGAUCUUAUCUUCUUCAUU